AUGAGCGGCUCUGGAACUGUAGAUUUCUUCUACAGAGAAGCUCAGCGACUUGGUUAUGUUGCUCGCUCGGCCUUCAAGCUACUCCAGAUUCAGAAACAGUACAGAUUGAUAACACCUUGUUCCUCUGUUGUUGGCCUAGGUUGUGCUCCUGGUGCUUGGCUUCAGAUUUCUUCUACAGAGAAGCUCAGCGACUUGGUUAUGUUGCUCGCUCGGCCUUUAAGCUACGACAAGACUCCGGUCAUUGUUCGCAUCAGCCACCAAACCACCACCGGUUUCAUCGAGAUUACCGGAACCACCAUCAUCUUCAACACCCAUUUUUCUGCCACCAUCGAGCCUUGUUCCAGCCUCCUUAGAAUAACCAUAAGACCGGAGGGUGUGAGAGGGAUGUUUCCCUCGUUUUUUGUGGGUGAUACCACUCUUUCGCUUACUUUUUUUUCCCUCACCUAA